ACAGCAUACAUCGUUCGUCUGCUGACUGUACCUGAGAGGACAGCAAAAUGAAGGGUACAGCAGGAGUUAUGCUCUUAGUCGUGCUGUCGCUGUGUGGCUGUCCACAAACUACUGCGGCACAGUCUCAGGCAAUCGUGGAUGACUUUCCUGCCUACUUCGCAGAAAUGGAGAAGAAUAAACCGAUCAACUGGACAAGUGUUCUGGACCUUUUAUCCACUGGUCAGCUCAGCCCAACGUGUUACAGUCAUACUUACACCGUGCAUAAUGAUACUACACUGGCCAAGUCGUACGCCCAACUCAUGCUGGACAGCACAGGGAAACUAACACCGUCUGGAGUAUUCCAAGGCAACCUGUUGGACAUCGGAAACUACAAAGAGUGCACAACUGAUGCUAACAACGCUGUGGACAGGCCGGAAGGUAUCCAGGCCAUGUACUGCCUGGUGACGUGGGCAAAAACAGUGAUACCACAGAGCCUCUAUUAUUAUGAUGAAAAAUUCAGACAAGGUGUCUGCGUUCCUAAAUCCUGCAGUGACUCUGAAGUACAAGACCUCACGGAGACAGGCUUUCUCGGAGUGAAGCCGAUGCCAUCCUGGAUCCCAGUCAGCGUGUACUGUCAGAAGGAGCAGGCUUAUUCAACUGGAGCCAUUGUUGCACUAGCUGUUAUCGCCAUCCUCCUCUGCGUUCUCGCAGUCAGCACAUCUUAUGAGUUAUUCAUCACCAUCUGGUUUCGUGACGCGGAAAGGAAACCUUUUACCACCUCUAGAGUUGGCCGAUUCUGUCUGUCCUGUUCGGUGUACUCCAACACGAAGAAGGUGUUCAACACGUACCAGCACCCCGGACAACUUCCGGCGCUUCACGGCAUUCGGGUUAUCAGCGCACUGUGGAUCAUCUUUGGACACUCAGAGAACUUCAGCCCCAUCGAUAGAGCUAACACGGUUGAAAGAGUGGAAGAUCGAGAGCGGUGGUGGUACUUCAUCCGCGGUAACUAUGGCAUGGCAGUCGACACAUUCCUUCUGCUCAGUGGUUUGCUGGUGACGUACCUCUUCAUGAAGCAGAUGAAGAAGACGGGUGGACAGUUUACAUGGAGAGACUACGGUCUACAUGUCUUACACCGUUAUUUAAGGUUGACGCCAGUGUACGCCUUCCUGCUCAUGAUUAACACGUGUUUAAUUGAGUACAUGGGGUCUGGACCGUGGUGGGCUAUCCGUGACAACUGGGCCAUGAGUUUUGUCCAAGUCUGCCGGGAGUACUGGUGGGCAAACCUGCUCUACAUCAACAACUUUGUCGGACAAAGGUGUUUUCUGCAUGGCUGGUACCUUGGUGUGGACAUGCAGCUGUACGUAACACUUACAGGGCUGCUCGUAGUGCUUUACAGGCACCCAAAAGUUGGAGUCGCAGUUGCCUGUUUUUUGAUCGGAUCCACUUGGCUUCUGAAUGGAGUUUUGUACUAUUUCAUGGUCGACGUGUAUGGCCAAAUCUACCGGUACACGACCUACCGAUGGUCGUUCACCAGGAUGGCCCCAUACAUCAUCGGCAUACUGCUGGGCUACCUGCUCUUCAGGACCGACAGGAAAGUCCCGGACACUCCUAAUACAAGGAAGCUGAUGAUGUUGGGUUGGCUUGUUGGUACUGCCUUUGCCCUGGUGGCCUUGGUCACCCCAUACGGUGCUUCUGAAGCCAACCUCCUCGGCCAUGCUGCCUGGAGAACUUUUGAAAGAAGUUUGUUUGCUGCAGGAGUUGCUUGGGUUGUGUACGCCUGCUGUGUGGGAUACGGAGGUAUCGUCUCGGAGUUCCUCUCGUGGAGCGGCUGGAUGCCCUUGAGUCGCCUGACCUACACGGCGUACAUCAUACAUCCCAUGAUCAUACAGGCCUACUACAUGGAUUACAAGGGGGCAAUGUUGUACUCGUCCGUCACCUGGUGGUUCAUGUUCGUGAGUUUCUCCUUCAUGUCCCUUGUGUGUGGUUUUGCUGCCUCCAUGAUGGCGGAGGCUCCCUUCCUGGAGCUGGAGAAGAUCCUCCUUCCCAAUCGCAGGGGCAGAGAGGCUACACCUGAGACAGCGGCUGACGGCGGUCAUGACAACAUAGCCAUGAAAACAGUUGAGUGUGACCCAGACCCACCACUGCCACCCCAUGGCGGCAAGGGCACCUCUGGUCCCAAUGGAUGUUAGAACUGACUUCAACUGUCCGGAGCUGCAAUGGGAACAGCUAUGGAACCGUCAACAUGGAAAAUUUAGCGCCCGGGUGGCAGGAAUUGUAACUUAAUCUACAAUUUUAUUAUCCUACUUUCAUAAUCAUGAGAGUAUGGUAUACCAAACAAUAGAUUCUUCAUUUUUAUUCUAUCACGUCUUCUUCUUUGACCUUAGAAUUCACGUUGGCAUUAUAUAGCAUUAGUAUACGUUGGAAAUGUAUUUUUUAAAAUCUAUAUCACAUAUUUGCUCGUUUUGAAUCUUCUUUAAUGAUUUACAAAUUGGUUCAAAACUCUAUUUUGGAAACGGCCGAAAAUUGAUGCGUGCACAGAUGUCAUUCAUAUAUCAAAAUCAAAAAGUCUUAGAUAAGAAAUAGUGUUGUUUCCAGUUUGUUUUGUCAAGUUUGAGUGGUGGUUAUUAAGUAGAAGAUGAGUGACACAAUUAAGUGAAAAUGUUUUUUAGAUUGACAGAAAUGAAAAAAUAGAACUUCUAGCUGCCAUACUCCUUCAUGUAGAGGCUUGUUUGCUGCAGACGUAACCAACACAGCUGCUGUAUUUAGGUUGUGUUCACUUAGAAAAUAAAGGGAUGUUCCUUAAUGAC